AUGACCACCAUGGAGGAAGAGGACCUGUCGGAGUAUUUCCAUAUGCAGUAUGGGCAGAAGCUCCUGAAGCUGCUGAUGAAAUUCCCAGCGCCGGAGGAGCAAUCCCCAUCGCCAUCCAUUCGGCUGCUGGAGAAGAAGAAAGAGGCCACGCUGGUGCACAGGGCUAUGGAGGCUCAGAAGGAGGCUUUCCGGACGAGGAUGGAAGCCCUGAAUAACCGAUGGGAGGAGCUCAGGGCCAAGGAGAUUCAGCUGAAGGCUUAUAUAAAGAAAUUUGAGCAGUUCAUACAGGAAAAUGACCAAAAGCGAAUUCGAGCCCUGAAGAAAGCCAACAAAGAGAAAGAGCUGAAGAAACAGAGGGUGAAGGAGCUGGCCAAGGCCAAGCUGGACAUGGCAGUCCUAAAACAGGAGCACCAGCGGCUCUCCAACAAGCUGCAGCAAUACUCCAUCUUCAACAAGUACCUGGAGAAAGUGGUUGAGAUGUCGGAGUUUGAGGAGAUACGGGAAGUCAUUGGCCGGUACAAGACGCUGGUGGGCAUGCACCAGGAUCUCAUGCAGUCGGCGCAGGAAGGGCUGGAGAUGAUCGAGCAGGCGAAGGUGCGCCUGUCGCACUACACGGAGGAGAAGGAUGACGAGAUCCUGCAGCACAACAACAAGCUGGCGCGCCUGCAGAUGCGCUUCGACCGCGCCCGCAGCGAUGUCAUCGUCUGGGAGUCUCGCUGGGCCCACAUCCAGAACACAGCCGCCAAGAAAACCCUCAUGCUGGGCACCAUCAAGAUGGCCACCCUGAACCUCUUCCAGAGCGUGAGCAAGCAACUGAAGGAGACCUUGAGCGUGCCCGUGGAGGACACCCACAAGCAGCUGGAUAUGAUCCAGCAGUUCAUCCAGGACCUCUCCGACAUCUGGGCAGAGGUGAAAAAGAAGGACACCCAAAGCCGAUCAAUGAUAGUUGUGGUCAAGGACGUGUAA